CGCCUCGGUUCCCACCACCUGCCAAUCAAUGUGCCACAGCAUGUGACCUGCAGGAGGAGGGGAUUCUGGCUUGAAAAGGCCAGCUCCGUGGGACCCAGUCCGAGACGAGCCCAGAACCAGGACCCGAGCAGCUGAGGGACCAGAGCAGCAGACAGUAUGCAGCGUGCACGUUGUCCCACUAUAUUGGUCCUUGUGGCCUUCGCCCUGUGCAGCCCGGGUGUUUCCUCCCAGCCCGACAGAGACCAGGACCAGUACCAGGACCUGGACCUGGAGCUGCAAAGAGCUCGGAGUGCUGGACUCCUCUCCCAGGAAUGGAGUAAACGUGCGGUGGACGAACUGCUGGCUCAGAUGGCUCUGCCAGAGGCCGACGCCCAGAGGGAAGCUGCCAUUGUUUCCAUGGCAACGGGGGGGGUGAACCUGGAGCGGUCUGUGGACCCCCCUAACAACUUGCCGGCCCGUGAGCGCAAGUCUGGCUGCAAGAACUUCUACUGGAAAGGUUUCACUUCCUGCUAAAGCUCUGGCCAGAUCACCUGACGUCACCUGAACGGACCAAUCAGCUGUCUGUCUGCAGGGUACCUGAAUAAUUAACGUAAUUAUCAAAUAAAAAGCGAAAUCAGUCAAA